GGUUUAAGGUGUUCACAAAUAUAUAUUCUGCAUCACCUUUCUCUGUCCUGGCAGGAAAACAUGAAGCAGACGGAGGAGCUUUCAAGAAUCCUGCGGUCAACCCACGGCCAUCUGGAAUCAGAGCUGAGCAGAGCAGAAGCGGAAAAGAUCCAUCUGGAUGCUCAGAUUCAGAGGAUGCAGCAGAGCCAGGAGCUGCAGCAGGAGGAGCUGCACACUCAGCAGGAGGAGCUGCAGACCCUGAGGCAGCGGAGAGGCGAGGAGCAGGAGGAGCAGGAGCGGCAGGACCAGGAGGACCAGGAGGAGCUGACCCAGAAGGCCGAGCGAGCGGAGGAGAACACCAGGCAGCUCGCAGAGAAAGUGCAGGAGAAGGAAUCCCAGUUGGCCCAGGCUCUGUCCACAUCCAGGGACUGGAGCCUCCGCUGCUCCAGAGAGGCUGCCGCUAAAGCCCAGCUGGAGGAGCACGUCUCUGCUCUCAGAUUUCAAGUGACGGAGCUGAGCUCUCACCGUCUCGCGGUGGAGGUGGGGAGUCGGGCGGAGGAGGAGGAGUUCAGGGAGCAGCUUCAUCAUCUCAGUGCUGAAAACACCUCCAUCAAUGUGGACAACCAAAGACUCAAGGGUCACUUAACAUACGCUGAGGAGAAGCUCGGAGCGCUGCAGUCUGAAGCCCGUCGGAUGAAGUCGUCAAUUAAAAAGCAGGAACAACUGGUGGAGAAAUACAAGAAGAAGGUCCAGCAGGUGCGUCUGGAGUCGGAGGAGAGCCUCCUGAAGCUGGAGACAACCCAGAGGGAGGCGCGGGAGGUGAAGCUGAGCCUGGAGAGGGGGACGGAGCAGGUGAGGAGGGGGCUGCUGGGCCGGCUCAGAGAGCUGGAGGCGCUGCCCGACAGACUGCGCAGGGCGGAGCAGCAGCUCAGAGACGCCCAGCAGGAGGCAGAGGACCAACAGCGGAGGAACGUGGAGCACAACUCCGCCCUCUCUGAAGUCAGAUACAAGGUGGAACAGCAAGGCGCUCAACUGGAGAUGUUGCAGCAGAGGAACCUGCUUCUGCAGGAGGAAAACAAUGUCCUCAAAGAAAAAACUCACAACUUUGAGAGGAGGCUGGAGGACUUGACGGUAGAAAACCAAGAGAUGUCUGAGGCUCUGCCAUCAAAGGAGGCCAGUCUUCGCAGCGUUCAGAAGCAGCUGGAGGAGAAGAGCCACGAGGUCAGCUUCCUGUCCCGACAGCUGCAGACAACUCUGGACGACGCACAGAGACAGGUGGACGCCAGCAUGCAGAAGGUUCUGGUCAAAGAGAGAGCGUCUCAGUCUAAAGCUUUGGACCUGCAGAGCCAGCUGAGCCGAGCCAAAACAGAGCAGAGUCAGCUGCAGCGGAGCAAGGAGGAGAUGGAGCGUCGUUUCCAGAGUCAGCUGCAGAACAUUAAGGACAGACUGGAGCAGUCCGACUCUACUAACCGCAGUCUGCAGAACUAUGUACAUUUUCUCAAAACCUCAUAUGGGAACGUGUUCGGUGACUCUUCACUUGCAAGCUGACCAGAAUUCAUCCAUUCCCAAAGCAUUGUAGUAUAUAUAAGUGACAUUAUUUUUUACUUAAGAGUUUUAUAGUAUCAAUUAAAUGUUUUUAAACAUCA